UUGAGCUGAAAGGCACACUAUAAAACAAGUGCUCAUUCAAUGUUUAGACACAGCAAACUAAGAGUCAACUAUUCUGGACGACAAUCCUCACUAACAAAGAACUUAAUCUAUUCUCACAAGACGAUCGACAUCUAAUUUCUUUCAAGGUUUGCAAAAGUCACAAAUAUCAAAAUGGCUCUGAUGAUUCUACCCUUAAUUGGGGCAGUGUCUGCAGCAGAGGGGCUGGUGGCCAUAACAACCAUUUGCUUGGUGUAUCUGCUCCUCAAGUACUUGCACACAGAUAUUCCGGAGGGCUUGCGUCGCCUCCCUGGACCCAAGCCCCUCCCUAUCAUUGGAAACGUGCUGGAACUGGGCAACAACCCCCACCUCAGUCUGACCAAGAUGAGUGAGCGCUACGGCCCCGUCUUCCAGAUCCAGAUUGGAAUGCGGCCUGUUGUUGUCCUGAGUGGUGGCGAGACAGUGCGCCAGGCUCUCAUCAAGCAGGGCGAUGACUUCGCCGGCAGACCAGAUCUCUACAGUUUCCAGUUUAUCAAUGAUGGCAAGAGCCUGGCCUUCAGCACCGACCAGGCUGGGGUGUGGCGUGCCCGCAGGAAGCUGGCUAUGAAUGCCCUCCGCUCCUUUGCUACCCUGGAGGGCACCACCCCAGAGUACUCCUGCAUGCUGGAGGAGCACAUCUGCAAAGAGGGGGAUUACCUGUUGAAACAGCUGAGCACCGUCAUGGAGACGAAUGGCUGCUUUGACCCCUUCCGUCAUAUUGUCGUGUCCGUUGCAAACGUCAUCUGUGGCAUGUGCUUCGGCCGUCGCUACGACCAUAACGACCAGGAGCUUCUGAGUCUAGUGAACUUGAGCGAUGAGUUUGGCCAGGUGGUGGGCAGUGGAAACCCAGCGGACUUCAUGCCUUAUCUGCGUUUCCUGCCUAGCAACACCAUGAAGAAGUUUAUGGCCAUCAACACACGGUUUAACGCAUUUAUCCAGAAGAUUGUCAGCGAGCACUAUGCCAGCUAUGACAAGGACAAUAUCCGUGACAUCACUGACUCCCUAAUUGAUCACUGUGAGGACAGGAAGCUGGAUGAGAACUCCAAUGUCCAGGUUUCAGAUGAGAAGAUUGUUGGCAUUGUCAAUGACCUCUUCGGGGCAGGUUUUGACACCAUUAGCACUGCUUUGUCCUGGGCCGUUUUGUACUUGGUGGCUUACCCUGAGAUCCAGCAGAGGCUUCAUGAAGAGAUAAAGGAAGUGGUGGGACUGAAGCGUUCCCCACGUCUCUCCGACCGCACAAAACUGCCUCUUCUUGAAGCUUUUAUUCUGGAGAUCUUUCGGCAUUCCUCCUUCCUGCCUUUCACCAUCCCACAUUGCUCCACCAAAGACACAUCCAUCAAUGGCUAUUACAUUCCUAAGGACACUUGUGUCUUCAUCAACCAGUGGCAGGUCAAUCAUGACCCUGAACUGUGGAAGGAGCCUUCUACUUUUAACCCAGACCGCUUCCUGAGCAAUGACGGCACAGAGCUCAACAAGAUGGAGGGAGAGAAGGUCCUUAUCUUCGGCAUGGGCAAACGGCGCUGCAUUGGCGAGUUGAUCGGUCGUAAUGAAGUAUUUCUCUUCCUGGCCAUACUCGUGCAGAAGAUGCGCUUCAGAGAGAUGCCCGGGGAGAAGCUAGACAUGACUCCAGAGUAUGGCUUGACCAUGAAGCACAAGCGCUGCCAUCUAAAGGCCAACAUGAGGGCUAUGGAGGUGGAGUGAGGUCCUUUUGACUUCUGUCAACUAAGAUAAGGCAUACAUAGGCCAAAUUCUGAUUCAGACUUUUGUCACAUGGGUGUUUUGGAGAGAGCAGUGACAGCUGUUAAAAAAGGGGCAUUAACACAAUCCCAUUUUAAAGCAUACAGAAAAUCUGUGGCUUUCAGUUCUUCGAGGUUGUGCUUCUUGGUGAUAUCUGGAGAGACAGGCUGUUGAGGUGCCUCUGGGCCCUUAAGUACACAUCUUUAUGCAUCAGAUUAUUUUGAGGAGACUAAAUCCAACUGGUAGCAAUACAAUAAGAACCAAAUUUAGGAAUUUAUGGUUGUUAGACUCAUUGCUUUAUUUGAAUGUCACUGUUUUAAAUGGCUACAUCGCUUCUUUACUCAACAAAGUGCCUUCUCUCUUAAUCUCAUCCAGGUGGCCAAAGAGCCAAGACUAGAAUAAUUCUGUUUAUAAGCUAAAUAUAAAAAAUAGUCCAUUGAGAACAGCUGUUGUAUGUGGACAUAAGACACCGAAGCUCUGUUUGCAUCCCAAAAUGUGAUUGUUUCUGUAUAUGCUUAAGCUAAUGUGUACUAGGUAGUACAUUUUUGUGUCUAAAAUGUGUAUAUAUUGUGGUGACAGUUUCACUGAGGCAUUGUGUAAUUUAUCAGGAUACCAAAAUACUUUAAAUUCUUGACUUUGUAAACACAUUUGUAUUAGUAUCUUGUAUAAUUAACGUUAUGAUGUAACGAAGGACUUUUUUUAUUUUAUAAAACAUGCAGAUGAUUUGUG